AUGGUCUAUUUCGUCGAUAACUUGAUCAGGAAAAGGAGGCAGUUGGAUGGCCUGCCCCAACUACCGAUGCAGAACAGGCUCCUGGGUCAUCUUCACAUAGCAGAUGAGGUAACCAAACUCUUUCCACCCGGAGUUCACGCACACGUGUGGAGCGAGCACGUACGAACCAAAUACAAGCUGCCCAAGGUUUUCUAUCUUGACUGGCGGCAAUUUGGGCCUUUGGGGUUGUACAUUGGCGAUCCCGUGGUGGCGUCCAAGUAUGUGACGACGACGCAGUCUCUUCCCAAGAAUCCGCUGGCACGAGUAUACCUCGAGACUUUCCUAGGCCGCAAUGACAUGGUGACGGCCGAGGGUGUGCACUGGGAUUCGCUGCGGUCUAUCUUCAACCCAGGCUUCUCGCUGGGCAACAUUAUCACCCUGACGGAUUCAAUUGUGCAUGCCCGCGUGACUUUCGGCGAUGUGAUCCACACCAAGGCUGAGACCAGCGAGUUGUUAUGCUCGAGGAGCAGUGAACCUGCCAGGCGUCCGUGGAAGCUGUGGUCCAACGGAAGGAGGCUAAAUGCUGAGAUUGGAAAGGAGUUUGACCUCAAAAUCCGACGGCGGGCCGAGCAAACGGCACCUGGGGAAAAAGGGGCCAUACAUAAGAAGAAACGUUCCGUCAUCGAUCUGUCCCUCAACGCCUACGAGAAGGAGACUUCAAUGUUCAUCAACGAUGGUUGGACCGCUUUUUUCCACCGAGCACGGCAAGAAACAGCCGACAUAUUAAAGCAGGACCCCUACCUGGUCAACAAGCUCGAGUAUACGACGACCGUCAUCCGCGAGACGAUGCGCAUCUUCCCGGCCGCCAGCACGGUGCGUUGCCGCCCGACCCCAGGCAAGGCUGAGGCAGGGGUCCUGGGCUUCGUAAUUGAGUCUGAGACACGUAAGCAGAUCCCCAUGCUCGCAGAUGCCAUGUUGCGGCCCGUGGCCCACAUGAUACACCGCAACACUCGCUUCUUCCCCAACCCCCUGAAGUUCAUCCCCGAACGCUUGAUUCAGUCACAGACGGCCUUCCCCGAGAAGAAGCUCUUCACCGACGCCGGUAAGGACGCCUUCAGGCCCUUCGAGAAGGGACCACGCAGUUGCAUUGGCCAGGAGCUGGUCAUACUCGAGGUCAAGGUUAUCCUGGCCUUAACCGCUAGAGAGUUCGAUUUCGUGCUAGAAUAUCCGGGUGAGGAAGCCGACGUACGCUAUCCCACGCCUGAGAACAUGGUCGAUGAGUUGAGCGAUAAUACCAAGUAUGGGAAGGCCAUCCGCGCCGGCACCACAAAAAGGGACCGCUUCGAAGGACAUCGCGUGUAUCAGCGCUUGAUGAGCGCCGCCAAACCCAAUGGUGGGUACCCGGGUCGCAUUUAUUUUCAUACUUGGUGAUUGUCACCUCUAUCCACGUUAGCCGGGUUCAAGUCUUCGCACAUAUUGUCGAUAUAAGGUAGAGCACACCCGUGGGGACUAUUCUUCUUCCACAAAUCUACAAAAGAAUAUCAAACGGUCAGUCAACCUUGAAAAUCUGCCAUCUUUGUUGC